CUGUGCUUUGGGGUUAAUUAGUUAAGGCAGAGGCGCAAAGGCAAAGAGAAGAGAGCGUCUCCCUUUCUUACAAAUUUUGACUUGCGGUUAGCUUUGGGGGUCUCUGGUCAGCCAGAAAGAGCAACAAUCCCUAAGAUUUUGGGAGGUUUUGAGAAGUGAGGCAAGUGGGACGAUGGAGGAGGAGCGUGGUAAUGGUAGUAGUAGCAGCAGGAACUUGGACACAGGGAAGGCCGAGAGCCCGGUGUGGCUGAUGAAGUGCCCGGUGGUCGUAGCCAAGUCAUGGAACUCUCACAAUCCCUCUGAUCCCCACCCUCUCUCCAAAGUCGUCCUCUCUCUCGAUCCCCUCCACGCCGACGACCCCUCUUCCCUCGAGUUCAAAAUGGAGAUGGCUGGCAGCAGUGGGGCUGCGAAUUUGCCUAAAAGUUAUUCCUUGAAUAUGUUUAAAGACUUCGUUCCCAUGUGCGUUUUCUCCGAGACAAAUCAAGGCAAGGUUUCUAUGGAAGGGAAAGUAGAGCAUAAGUUUGACAUGAAGCCCCAUGGUUCAAACAUUGAGGAGUAUGGAAAGUUGUGUCGUGAAAGGACAAACAAGUCAAUGAUCAAGAAUAGGCAAAUACAGGUGAUCGACAAUGACCGAGGAAUACAUAUGAGGCCCAUGCCUGGUAUGAUUGGCUUGAUUUCAUCCACUUCCAAGGAUAAGAAGAAAACUCAACCGGUUAAACAAUCAGACAUGAAAAGGACUAGAAGAGACCGUGGGGAACUGGAGGAUAUCGUGUUCAAGUUAUUUGAAAGACAACCAAAUUGGACUUUGAAGCAGCUUGUGCAAGAAACCGAUCAGCCUGCUCAAUUCUUGAAAGAGAUACUGAAUGAGCUCUGCGUGUACAAUAAAAGAGGAACUAACCAGGGUACUUAUGAGCUUAAGCCGGAGUACAAGAAAUCUGUUGAGGAUACUGCUGAAUAAGUUUUUCUCUCUGCCUAGUUUAGCACCCUCCAAUUUUUCUUGGGAGAACAGGUAGUUCAAGAUUAAUCAGCAAGAAGAAAGGGUUGCCUGUCGGUGUGGGGGCGACAGAGUAACACCAUCAACAAGAACUGUAACAUGGGAGGCAAUAGUUUACUUUUUAUUUUCCUAUAUUUUUUUUACAGCCCGAAAGGUGCAGUUAUAAACUUAUAAUGUUUGUUUGAUCUGACAAGAGACGGUUAAAUGUUUCCAUAAACAGAUAAACUUACUAGGCAAACGUGUGAUUUGAAAUUAGCUUGUACAUUAAAACAUUCACCAAGGAUUUUAAUUGAAAAA